GCUCCUCCUCUGACAUUAAGAUGACACCUUUUAUAGUGCAGUAGCUGCUGUAGCUGCUCUUACUCUUCUCAGCCAUCCAAGAGAUAACAAUGCAGCAGCCUGCAGUGUGUCACCUGCCAAAUGAAGAUGUGGAAGUCCUGAAUUCUGAGUAUGGAAAGAACGUGAUUAAACUCCUUCGCAUUAGAAGAGAUGACAAGAAACACUUCAUUAAAGAAGUGGAAGCUUGCGUACAUAUUAGACUGAAUUCUGUCAAUGAGUACUUGCAUGGAGACAAUUCUGCUGUUAUCCCUACUGACACCAUAAAGAACAUCGUCUUAGCUUUGGCAAAAUGCAAAGGGAUCCAAACUAUAGAACAAUUUGCCCUGGACAUCUGCAAUCAUUUCCUUUCAUCAUAUUGUCAUGUGGUGUACGUCAAGACCUAUGUUCAAGAGGUACCAUGGCGGCGUCUAGAAAAGAAUGGAAUUCCCCAUGUCCAUUCCUUUAUCUGUGUUCCUGAAGGAAUUCGCUUUUGUGAAGCUGAACAGUGUCAGAAUGGUUGUCCACUUGUUAACUCUGGAAUUAAAGAGCUGAAACUUAAGAAAACAACACAGUCUGGAUUUCAAGGCUUCCACAAGGACAAAUACACCACAAUUGCUGAACGGACUGACAGGGUUUUAAGUGCAGAACUAUUCUGCAAGUGGUCCUAUGGCGAGUGUAAAGAUAUUGACUUUGACUGCAUAUGCAACACUGUUCAUGAGUGUGUCCUUGAGGCAUUUUCUGGGCCACCUGACUGUGGGAAAUACUCACCUUCUCACCAGAAGACUGUCAACAAUAUUCAGAUGCUCACCCUGGCAAGAGUUCCACAGAUACAGGAGAUUGAAGUCACCUUGAACAACAUUUAUUAUGAUGUCAUAGACCUGAAGAAAUUUGAAUUGACCAAUGACAAGGAGGUUCUGAUUCCAGUGGACAUUCCCUAUGCUUCUUAUACAUGCACUCUCGGUAGGAAGAAGUGCUUAAGAGAGCAAGCCUAAAAUGCAAGAGAUGAGCAGCAAGUCAAUUGGAUGGAUGUUUUGACAAGGGACCAACUGAACAUAUGGGAUCCAUUCACACAUACAGGACACACUUACCAUGUGGUUUUCUUUUCAGAAUGUAUCCAUUCCAUUCAUUGAUCUAACUUUUCCCGCUACAAAUUACAGAGAUUGGGAUUUUGAAAGGAGCCUAAGGAAUUCAGCUAUCCAAACCCCAACAAAUCUCAAUAGGAUUUUUGCACCUAAUUCUCUUGGGUUCCUUUGGAAAUCCCAGCCAGAAACAUUAAAAUCAGUUCAUUAGAAGACAAUUAUUUUUAGGCUUAUUAUGAAAGUUCCAGUUAAUUAGUUAAUGUCUGUAAUGUGCUUUGCACAUUUAAAAUCCUAAAUCGGUUCUAUAAAUUAUUUAUUAAUGGUCAUGCAUUAAUUCAGUCUUCAUAUUAACACUAAAAUUUAUAAAAUUAUAUCUUCUUUACAAUAUUAAUAGUACAGAUGUUGACUAAUUUCCAUUUAAGGGUUCUAGUUAGAUGGCUGCUGCAUUAUUGCUCCUCAAACAACCAGUUAUGGGGAUUAUGCAGCUAUAUAAUGUUAAUCAUUGAAAUGCUUAAGGUAUUUCUUUGAGAUUAUUUAGGUCUUGUUCUUUAAUUUAACAAUACUAUCAUGACUUCUGAGCAGGCAGAGUCAACCAAAGAAGUGAGCUAUGACUUUUUGGGGAGAAAAAUGGGUAGGCAAAUUCCACUUUAUUUACAACUCAUUUAAAAUGUUUAAGUACUCCAGGACACAGCUUUGAGCACAGAUAUUAAAUAGCAAAAUCAGCACAUCUUACUCCUAUGUGUUCACAACCUGCAGCUAACACAUCCACAAUAUAGAACCUGCUCAAAUCCCACCAGCUUGAAACUGCUGCCUUUAGUUUCCAAGGGCAGGAUUUUAAAAGCUACUAAGUGACAUAGGAGCUUAAAUCCAAUGUGACUUGUGCCCAAAUCACUUGGGCACUUUUGAAAAUCGCACCCCAAAAUGCUUUGGGCAUUAAAAUCCUCACUCAAUAUAUUUAGACUUAUUUUGCCCUACUGGAUCUGAUCACGUGCUUUGGGUAGCACUAAAAAUUAGGGAACACAUCCUGAAUAGGAAUUUAGGAAACCGAGGUUGCUUGUAACAUAGGAGCAUCUCUCCCUCUCUUUUGCACAAAAGGAUUCAUCUGCUUGUGUUAAACGCUGCAUAAAAUUGGAAGGCAGCUACUGCUCAUCAAAAUGUGACAUCUUCUUAACGACAAUAGAACAACUUAUAUCAAGGGUUGGAUUUGUUCCAGAUGUGCUUUUAUUUGCCUGAACUGAUGACUAGUUGACCCAACUAAUUGGUCUGUAGUUCUUUUAACUCUGUGCUGAACAUUACUUCCUUCCUUGUGUGAAGUUUAUUGUAUUACAUUUGAGGGUCUCAUCUCUUUUCUAUUUCUGCUGCAUUAUUAUUUAGAUGACUACAUGGUCUUGUAGAUUAUCUAUACAUCUUUUAAUAGAAAAAUAAAAAGCAAAGUUUAAAAGAAAACUGCUUCUUGGCUAUUAUAUUGAAUUGGGAAGAGCCCAUAUCGAUUUCAUUAAAAUGAAUAUAUACCAGAUAACAUUACUAAUAUUAAUUUCAGAUCAGUCCCCCCAAAAAUG